CGUUGCUAAGGAAAACUUGACGGAUAUUGUGUCAAACAUAUAUAACUUUGACAGUUUAUUUCGGAUAUUACUUUCCGUAAUAAAGUAUGAAACUUCUUUUAUAACAAUAGCUCAAUGUGUCAAAUUCUGUGAAAAAUUGUCACUGACUCAUUAAAGACACUGACAUAAACUAGCAAUGUUUGUAUAUUUGAGUAAGAAAAUUUCCAUACCAAACAACUUUCGAUUAAACUGCAUAGCAUGGAAUCAAAAAGAUGGAUACAUUGCUGUGGGAGGAGAAGAUGGUCUCUUGAAGGUAUUACGAGUAGAUUCCAAUGUCAAUGGAUCGCACAGUGGAGGGAAAUCUCGAGGCUUAGCUGCAGCGAGUAAUUUGAGCAUGAAUCAGCCUCUAGAAGGCCAUAAUGGUCAUGUUCAAGUGGUCACAUGGAACGAAGAGCAUCAGAAGCUGACCUCUAGUGAUCAAAAUGGAGUUAUAAUUGUUUGGAUGUUGUAUAAAGGGUCGUGGUAUGAAGAAAUGAUAAACAAUCGCAACAAGUCUGUAGUAACAGGAAUGGCAUGGAGCUGCGAUGGUCAAAAGAUAUGUAUAGUCUAUGAAGAUGGAGCGGUGAUUGUUGGUUCUGUUGAUGGUAACAGGAUCUGGGGUAAAGAACUGAAGAAUGUAUCUUUGUCUGCUGUACAAUGGUCUCCGGAUGGAAAAUUGCUUCUAUUUGGUUUAAAAAACGGGGAACUUCAUCUCUACAAUAAUCAAGGUGUAUUCCUAACAAAAUUAAGUGUACCCUCAUUAAAUACUUCUCAGUUUCAGAUCAUAGUGGCAUUACAAUGGUACGAUGGAAAAAAUGGUUAUGUUGCCAUAGAUUGCCCUACUCUUGCUAUUUGCUAUCGCAAUGGUAUGAUACAAUUAAUGCGAGAUACCAGUGACGAUAAUCCGAUUAUGAUGGAAACUGGAGUGACUGCUUCAUGGUGCAAUUGGAACAGUUGUGGAUCCCUUUUGGCAGUAACAGGCAUGAUGCCUUUACUCAGUAAUGGAGAGACAAAAGACAUGAAUGUUAUACAGUUUUAUACAUUGUUUGGCGAGCAUGUGAGGACCCUGAAGAUACCAGGCAAAGAAGUGACGUGUUGCACAUGGGAGAAAGCUUCCCUUAGAGUCGCCUUAUCUGUCGAUUCGCACAUAUAUUUUGCAAAUAUUCGUCUAGACUACAAAUGGACUUAUUUUAGUAACACAGUUGUCUUUACAAACGAGAAGAUCAGUAAGGAUGGCAUCUGUGUGACUUUCUGGAAUAUGAGUAACAAUACAUGUUGCACCAAGUAUGUGCGAUCCUUGAUAUCGAUAGCCUCGCACGGGGAACAUUGUGUACUCUCUGUGAGAAACGAUCCUACUCAAGCCACCGAACAAUUCGCUCUGCUCGUUUGUAACACUAUCGCCACACCGAUAGACUCCAAAUUCAUGGAUCUAGAGCCGUUACAUCUCACUAUGACCGCUAACAUGGUCAUGGCUGCGUCCAAAAAUAAUUUCCUGGUAUGGCAUUUUCGCACGCCUCGUAAUUCAACGUUACAUCCCAGCAGGAUGCGCAAAUACAAGAUCUAUCAUGUAGACGAAACGCCGACCGGCGUGACAGAAGUUAUUCAGGAUUUAGACAAGGAUGGUACAUUCGAGACUCCUAUCAGCACGAAGGCUAGCAUGGACCCAAUCUGUUGUAUUUACGCCACUGAGAAAGUUCUUCUAGUUGGCAGAGAAUCGGGGAUGAUCCAACGAUAUUCCCUGCCGCAAAUUACGCUCAUGAACAGAUACAACACGGCGCGUAAAUUGCACAGAAUCGCCAUUAAUUGCAACUCCACGCGUGUCUCCAUCAUGGAUGCUAACGGUAUUCUCACCAUGUUGGAUCUGGAUCUGCAAAAAAUGCCCAAUUCGCGAGACGGAGAUACGAGCGAAGAUAUAGCCAAGUUUGAGAGAAAAGACGUAUGGGACAUGCAUUGGGCGCAGGACAAUCCUGCACUCUUGGCGAUUAUGGAGAAGACCAGAAUGUACGUUCUGAGAGGGCUGGACCCCGAAGAACCUAUAGCCUGUUCCGGAUAUAUUUGUGCAUUCCAAGAUUUGGAGAUACGUUGCGUUUUACUAGACGAUCUCAUGCUGAAACCCGACGAGACGCAAAAAGAAUUGAUCGUCGAUUUAGAAGUAAAAUCCCUUAGAGACACGAGAGAAUUGCUGGCCAAGGUGGGUCUGAAGGAGGCCAACAAUUUCAUCCAAGACAAUCCACAUCCACGUCUGUGGCGUUUACUAGCCGAAUCCGCGUUGACGAAACUUGAUUUAGAAACGGCAGAAAAUGCCAUGGUACGAUGCACAGAUUAUCUAGGCAUACAGUUUAUCAAACGUCUACAAAAUGUGCAUAACGACCAGCUGAAGAAAGCCGAAGUAGCAGCUUUUCUUGGUAAUUAUGACGAGGCCGAGAAGCUGUAUUUGGACAUAGACAGAAGAGACUUGGCAAUCGCGUUGCGCCAAAAACUAGGUGACUACUUCCGGGUUGUGCAGCUGAUGAAGAUGGGCAUCGGAGGUUCGGACAAGCAGAUGGAGCACGCGUUUAACAAGAUCGCAGACCAUUUCGCCGAAAGACAAAAUUGGGAGAGCGCGAAGGAAUACUACGAAAAGGGCAGAAACCUGGAGAAGCUCAUUCAAUGCUAUUACAAAUUGGAGGAUUUCCAUCAACUAGCAGCAACAGUAGACCAGUUACCAGACAAGAGUCCUAUCCUGAAAACCGUAGCAAGAAUGCUGGCUUCAGUGGGGAUGAGUUCGCAAGCAGUGGCAGCCUAUAUCAAAUAUGGCGAUGUGAAACUUGCCGUGGAUACAUGUGUGCGUCUGAAUCACUGGGAUCAAGCCGUUGAUCUGGCAAAAACUUAUAAGAUGGCGCAAAUCGGUGAAUUGCUAAACAAAUACGCCAAUCAUUUAUUAUCGAAUGGUAAACGUCUGCAGGCGAUCGAGCUAUACAAAAAAGCCAAUUACAAUUUGGAAGCGGCUAAAUUAUUGUUUCGUCUUGCCGAGGAGCAAGCCAAGUCCAAAUCGCAUCCUUUGCGCGUCAAAAAGAUAUACGUUCUCGCAGCAUUGCUGAUCGAGGAUCAUAUCAACAGCGUUCCGGCGAUAAAAGGUGGUCGCAGCAACAUCGUUAUGGGUCUUACUGAAAGCAAUGAGGAUACUAAAAUCAUAGAAAACGCCUGGCGAGGUGCCGAGGCGUAUCACUUCCUUUUGUUGGCGCACAGACAGUUAUACGAUGGUAGUUUCGACGCUGCGAUGAAGACGGCUCUACGAUUGAGAGAUUAUGAGGAUAUUCUAGAAGUAGAAGACAUUUAUUGUCUAUUGGCACUAUCAAGCGCCGUUAACCACGCGUUUACUACCUGCUCGAAGGCCUUUAUCAAAUUGGAAGGACUUGAGACGAUCUCGGAAGCGAAAAAACAAGAGUACGAAGAACUGGCGGUGAACAUCUUCACGAAGCACACUCCGAAAGACUCCCGCAAUAACAAAGCGGAAUGCGUCAACUGCGAGACCCUGGUACCCGAUUGGUGCAUCAUGUGUCCUAAUUGCUCGACCAGGUUCCCGGCUUGCAUUGUCUCGGGCAAACCGCUGAUGGAUCUCAGCAUCGCGUGGAUCUGCACUGUUUGCAGACAUCACGUUGCAACGGAACGCGACGUAGUUAAUAUAAAUGCUUGCCCUUUAUGUCACAGCACUAUCACAUAUAUGUAA